AGAAAAUUAGCCUUAAUGUAAAUGUUUUUUUUUUAAAUGAAGUAUUGAAAACUGAGUUAUAAAAAUAUUGAGUUGUCUGUGUAACUGAAAUGGUCAGUUUAACAGACUGCUGUGAAUUUAAAUCAGAAUAAGCACCUUUUUACGGCUCUAACACCUUUUGUUCUGUUUUCACACCUCUGAGGGCACUUUUCCUGUAUUUGCCAUGGCUGAGUCUGCACAAAACAAUGGUAAUGGCUCUGCUCUGAGACCAACAACAGAAAGACAUGGGACAGAACCUCCAAAUGUGACCAUUGAUCAGAUGUUGGACAAUCUGAAUGUAUAUUUGGACAAAAGGCUGGGACUGAGGGAGUACCAUGAUGAUAUGUGCCAGAGGUACAGCAUUAAGCACUCAGAGAGUGGACUAUGGGCAUUGCCGGACAUUAAAAGGGCUUAUGGAAAGACACAGAGCUUAUGGGCAAUCACCAAGAAAGAUGGAUUGUCUGUGAUUUUGGUCAAACAAAUUAUGCAGCAUCUGCAGAAGUGUGAGACUGACAUAUUGCAACAUGAGAUCAAAGCAGAGAAAGCAAAAGUUCGAGCACUGGCUAAACAAUUGCAGAAUGUAAAGGACAAAGAAAGACUGUUCAUUGAGAAUGACAAUUUGCUAACUUUACUCUCCAAACAACUGGAAUCAAAAUCUUCAAGCAGCUCUGAUGACAGCGACGCAGACAUCAACACACAUGCUGGAAUUACAAAGAAUAACUUGAAGGUUAGACUUGCUCCUGUAAUUGUCAAGAACAGAAGAACUGAAGUUGAAAUCGACAAUGAGGAGGAGUAUGAGGAAAAUGGUGAACUACGAACUCACACUGUAAAAAAGUUGGUAAAGAAAUAUGUUCCAUACAGAACAUACCAGCCAGCUACUCCAGAGCAAGUUGACAAAUGGUCAAAAGAAUUGCCAGAUGUGUACAAGCAACCACGGAAAGUUUGGCAAUUUCUUCAACGCUUGCAGAAAAUCUAUAAUUUACAUCCACUGGAUGGUGUGAUGAUUGUUAAUGUGAACUUAAGAGACAAUGACCAAAAGACACUAACAGAAAGUGUUGAAAGAAGGAUUGGUGAAUCUCAAGAAAACAUUGAGUCUGGAUGGGAAGCUGUACAAACUUUCUUGUUCAAACUGAAACCUGCAGAAGUUAACUGGGCUAAAAUUACCUCUUGCAUGCAGAAGACAGGAGAAAGUGUUGCAGAAUUUGAAGAGCGCUUCAGACGAACUUGGAUGGAACAUUCUGGAAUGAAUGAAAGUGACAAAGACACUGGACUGCCCCUGAAAACAUCAUUUGUAAAUGGGUUAAAAGCAGAAAUUUCUAAAGCCCUUAAAAUCAGGUAUGAUGACUGGGACAGCACUGGAACAGCAUUCAUGCAGAUUGUUGAAUGGUCAGCAAAGAUUGAAAGAACACAGGAAAUCAAACUCCGAUCUUUGCAAUCCAAACCUUUGCCAUGCAACAACCGGACAAUUGGGAAUGAGCAUGAAGACAGUGAAUAUCUGAGAUACUCAAGAGCAAAAACUCAGGGAAGAUGCAGACAUUGCAAUGAGGAAGGACACUGGGUUCGUGACUGUAAGCUGAGUUUGAGGCAUCAAAGUGAUGAAGAGGAAAACCUGUUGAAAAGGUGUCAGCAAUUGACAGCCAAACAAAAACAGACUCUGCUAAAUGCUGUGGAGCCGCAGGGAAACUGAAGAACCUCUCUCUGCAGCACCAGCUAGAGACAUCUCAUCCAAAAGCUGAUGGACUCCAUGUGUAUGCAAACAAGACCAGUGAAGACACCAUACAGAAGGGAAAAGCAUACACAGAAACCUCAACAACUGAAGCCAAAGAUGAUGUCCUAGUAGGUAGUGCUGCUAAACAAGCCAUAAAGGAGAGAGGUGAACAUGCAGCGGCAUUAAGACAACUUCAGAAAGACGUACAAACAGCUUUGCACAGUAAACGGAUUCAAACUGAAGUGUCCAUAAAGCAAUCGUCCAUGUUAAUGGAAGAUGGAGCAAAACUGCAUGAAGACAACCAAUGCAUUAAGGAAAACCACAAGGAAAACUAUGCCCUUUUGAACAUGCCACAGGCCAGCCCAUGUCCAAUGAAAAUCUGACAUCUAAUAGCCUUGUCCAAACUGAUGAAAGACUCAGCCUGGCAGUACACAAUGCCAAGAAUCAAGUUUUGGCACCUCCAAAGGGGGCCCAUGGUAUAGUGUCUAACAAAUGGGUAAAGAUUAAAAAAAAAAUCAUUUGUCACAACAAGAAUCCAGGUGGGAAAGACCACUUGAGGAUCUUUUAGUAACCGAUGCAGCAGUUAAAGCGCAGGGAAACAAUGAGUGGAUUGAUGUGAAUUUGCCUAGAGACGAGGGAUAGAUGGCAGUAGUGUUUUUCAGAGUCCAGAUAUGGCGGGACUAGGGUUUAUAGGCUCUAGCUUGUCGCCUGAGGACGAAGACAUGAACAUUUCACCACUGAUAAACGCUGUAGUGCCCUGCCAACAUUAAAUAGGGACAGUUUUAUUGGUAAUAAGGCAUGAUUUGUUUAAAACCUUUUCUUUGGAAAGAUACGUUUGCCUUUUCUCUUGUGUGAUUGCAGGUGUUCCAGAGGAUGAGCAAAGACAUCCAAAGCUUGGACCAAACUGCACUGGCCACCUAGAUGAACACGCCUGAACAUCCACAGAACACAACAACAUCCACCACUUCCACAAGAUUGCAACAUCAAAAUAAAAAAGGACUUAGGCAUUCAAGAUAAUGCAAACCUCACCAUUAACUCUUAUUCUGUCAUCUUAAGUAAUGGAGCCUGUAUGCAGCAUUCUGUAUUCAUGAUUACUGAAAAGUAUGUUUUGUGAUCAAAAAUGAUCAAAGGGGGGAUUGAAAGAUUAUUUGUUUUUAAUUAACUUUAGUCAAAUGUAUUUGAAUCAACUGUAGCCAGCUGUAUGAACUGUUCUAAAGUGUGAACCAAAUGGCCAUCAGGACCAUGGAUCAUGGGCUCUCCAUGGGGUGGUAUUGUGUUGUUUGUAGCACAUUUGUUACCAGGUAUAAAGGUCUGGUCUCACAGACAGUACUGGGUUAAGAUUGUUUGAAGGAUGACAUGCUAACAUCACUGCUGAAGAACUGCUACACUGCUACCUUCAAUAAAUUCUUCUCCCCACAAGAACUUUGGUCAAGCUUACUUAUUUUAUGUAUUAGAGAAAUCUAGUACAUUGGCGAGCCACCCAAACUACUGCUCAGCCAAAUACAGCAAAAUCUAACAAUAGCAUUAUAGCAUUCUGCAUGUUCUUCAAUGUCCAUGAGCCAUUUUUCUGAAGUACUGUUAGAAAAUAGAAACUUGUUGUGUGCGCAAAUUACAUC